CUCGCUGCCCCUGACAUCGCUGCUGAGCUCGCAGGAGAUGCUCGUCCAUGCCGAGCCAGCAGCAUGCUGUGAGGCCAAGGGAUCGCGAAGCAGGCGGCCGCCGGAGCAUGCUGCCUCUCGAGCCGGCGGCUGAGGCUGCGGUCACGCGCGCGGGCGCGCCCCUCUUUCCUGCUGGCGCAGCGCUCGACAUCUGCGCUGCUGGCUGUCGCUGCUCCAUCUCGACCCCACGACGCCCUCGAUCGCCUUUCGCUGCGCCCGCAGAAGGCGCUCGGCGCCCUCUGCAGCGAGCCGCUUCGGGCUCGUCGUGUGACUUGUGCGAGGAAGCAGAGCGUGGGACAGUGCGCACGUGCCCAGCCGAGCGCUGCCUGCCGCUUCUUCUCAACGAUCUGCGGCGCUUCUGUGCGUCAUCCUCUCGCAGGAUGAGUGCACGACGGUGCAUGUGCCGCCUGAACGUUGCGCUGCUGAGACAGGACAAGGGUCGAAGGGGAGCUCGCCGGUGGAAGGCACCGCGCUAGCCGUCUCGCAGCCGGCGGCUGAGCGGCUGCGCGCGCCAUGCGCGUGGCCGUCGCGCGCGGCGUUCUCACCGCGCAGGGCGUCCUUCCCUCACCACCACCAUCCUCUUCCUCCAGCAUGAUCUUCCGCCUCGAGGCGCUCCGCCUCCUCGGCACGGCGUUUGGCGGUGCGGUGCUUGAGCGCACCUUCUUUUCUGCACCUAA